AUGUAUAAAGGAAGAAACGUGAAAUUGGAAACUCAUUGUGUAACACACUUGUUGCAUUCUUUCUUUUGUCGAUUUUUUUUCUUUCGUCUCUUCCUUUCUUUUUACAUUUUCUUUUGUCUCUUCCUUUCUUACAUUUUUUUCUUUUGGUCCCUAUUUUCUUUGUUCUUUUUCUUUUCUUUUUCUUACACUUUCAUCCUCUUUUUCAUUUGUUUGUUCCUCUUUUCCUUGUCUCUUCCCUCUUUCUUUUUAUUGUAUUCUUUCUUUUGUCUCUUCCUUUUUUUUAUUGUUUUCUUUCCUUUUUUUCGUUUCCGUUUUUCUUUCUUUCUUUCUUUCUUUCUUUCUUUCUUUCUUUCUUUCUUUCUUUCUUUCUUUCUUUCACCUUUAAUCAUUCCUUCUUAUUACUUUCUUUCAUUUUCCCCCUGUUUCUACCUUCUUUAUUUUUUCUUUCUUUCUUUCUUUCUUUCUUUCUUUCUUUCUUUCUUUCUUUCUUUCUUUCUUUCUUUCUUUCUUCUUCUUUUCAUUUGUUCUUUCUUUCUAGUACUUUUAUCCUUGGGUUCGUUUUCCAUUUUCCCAUCCCUAUUUCCUUUCCGUCUCUGUUCUUUCUUUCAUAUUUUCUUUCAUUCGUUUCUAUCUUUCGCUUCAUUUUUUUCGCCUUCUUUUGGCCUUUUGCUUUCUUUUUCUUUCCUUUUUUUUAACCUUUUCAUUUUCUCUCUUUCUUCUUUCUUUUGUUUGCCUGCCUCCCCGUCUCUCUUCCUUCCUUCCUUCUUUCUACUUAGGUAUUUGGUGACCGUAUUUUAG